GUUUUUGUGUUGCUGACGUGACUCUGAUCUCUUUCUAGCGUUCAACAUGGCGCCCGAGGUAGACUAGCUGGAAACGUUAGCCAGCAACAACAUGAGCAAAUAAAUGGUUGCCAGUUUGACCUUUUAUCGUUUCGAAUCAAGCGGUUGAUUAGCUGGUAUGCAGGAAAGUAACGCGUGUAAUUAAUUUAGCCAACCGACAGAUUAGGUGAAAUAAUGGAAACUCGAGGUAUAGAACAGAUGUUUGACUUCCAGCGGUAAGAACAAGAAGUGUUGUUGUCAAGACAAGCUAGCUAGCAGCUAAAUUAGUUUAUCAGUCCUCCCAUACCCAUGGCAAAAAUGUCCAAUAGUCUUGCUCAUAAUCGGCUCUGGCUAGUAGCUAGCUAGGUCACCGUCUUCUUGGCGUUCAUUUAGCUUGUUAGUUACUGUAGCAAAUUAGCCUACAAUAUAUCAAUAUUGUUAUCCAUUAACAGCUAGCAGGGAGCUUGGUCGGUAGCAGUUACAUUAGUUUGGUUUGCUUGCUUACUAACUAACUAACUAACUAACUAACUAGUAGCAUAUAAUCUGUCCCCUUGGACUCAGAAUAUUAUUCCUGUCCAGGAUCACACUGAGCUGACAAUCUGUCUGUGUCUCAAACAGGUUGCCAAACGAUGGACUGGUCCUUUUGCUGGUAUUGCUUUACUCUCCAGUUGGCCUGUGUUUGAUGUUACUACGACUCUUCGUAGGUGCACAUGUGUUUUUGGUGAGCUGUGCACUCCCAGACAGUCUUGCUAGAAGGUAAGGGUAGUUUUGCAACUAUUACCUUACUAGCUGUUAAAGGUUGACUAAGCAAUAUGACAUCAUUAUACACAGUGGGGUGACUUCCUGCUUAAAAUAAAACAAAAAUCUGUCAAUACUGCCACAAUGGUGAAGGGGCAUAAAGAUGUCGGAAUUCAGAUAUGUCAUUGUUAAACCACUAUCUAUAGAGCUUAAACUCUAGGCGGCAUUCUGUCUUCUCCCUCUCAACGAUUAGCUUUGCCAAUGACUGGCUCAUGUGAACUACAAUCCCGAGGCUGUGUUUAGACGUUUAGAAACGUCAAUAAUCAAGGCUUGCGAUGCGGCUUUCGAAAAAUAUGGCCCAGUAAAAUACACUUACUGUAGCAGUUUUGCACAGAUCCAUACAGCUAUGGGUGCCUCCAUCCAAUGAAACCACUUCCGCUACACUUCCAGAGUUACACUUACACACAGGUGUUUGGAGCAAGCUAGAUAGCUAAUUAGCACAGGUGGUCGCCGCUUGUCUUCCGUCUGUUUUCCGUAAACAAGCGCUGUAGCAUAGAGACAUGGCCGUGUGGGAACACUAACCCUAUACAAUUAUUUCUCGCUGAUAUGAAAGAUAUGUUCCUUAUCUUUCGAAAACACUACCGCAAGCGAUGCGUGUUAAUGUUUACAGCAAGCUCUUGACCUCUACGGGAUCGGUGUCAUACGGGACAGUUGAGCUAACGUGCGCUAAUGUGAUUAGCAUGACUGUUGUAAGUAACAGCAAACUUUCCAGGACAUAGACAUGUCUUAUAUGGGCAGAAAGCUUAAAUUCUUGUUAAUGUAACUGCACUGUCCAAUGUACAGUAGCUAUUACAGUGAAAAAAUACCAUGCUAUUGUUUGAGGAGAGUGCACAGCAACAAAAAAACGUAUCACGGCAACUGGUUUGAUACAUUCACCUCUGAAGGUAAAUAAUGUACUUACAUUCAGUAAUUUUGCUCUGAUUUGUCAUCCUAAGGGUCCCAGAGAUAAAAUGUAGCAUAGUUUUGUUUGAUAAAAUCAAUUUUUAUAUUCAAAUGUAGGAACUGGGUUCUACAGUUUGAACCCCUGCUGUCUCUGGCUCCACACCCACCCCGCCCGGCCAUCUAGAUGUGUGAAAGUUAGUGUAAUGAUCCAUCAUGUAUGACAUUCCUGGGAGUGUGUAAACUUACAUUUUGUAUUACCAUAUCAUUUUUGUAUGGUCUCUAUAGUUAUGUACUUGAAAAUGUAUCAAUUGACCAAUUCGGCACAUUUGGGCAGACUUAAUACAAAAUAGUCCAGUAUUGCAAUGCUUCACUGGAUCAAUCUGAAAUUUUGCACACACACUGCUGCCAUCUAGUGGCUAAAAUUGCGCCUAAACUGCAAUAUUAUAUUGUGGCCUUUCUCUUGCAUUUCAAAGAUGAUGGAACAAAAAUAAUAAUUGAAAACACAUGUUUUUUUGUUUGUAUUAUCUUUUACCAGAUCUAAUGUGUUAUAUUCUCCUACAUUCAUUUCACAUUUCCACAAACUUCAAAGUGUUUCAUUUCAAAUGGUAUCAAGAAUAUGCAAAUACUUGCUUCAGGUCCUGAGCUACAGGCAGUUAAAUUGGGGAUGUCAUUUUAGGUGAAAAUUGAAAAAAGGGUCCGAUCCUUAAGAGGUUAACAAAACUCCCCCGGUCAGGAGAUACUAACGACAAUAGGCGCUAAAGCAGUUAGCGUCUAUGAGUAGGGUACACUGUCCACUGAGUUGUUAAACUAUGGCUUUUUUAAUGGUUUUUAAACAUGAUUCAAUGCGCCAAUAAAUCAGCACAAUAUACUUUUUCAGUUUUUAAAAUUGCCGGCGUCAUGGAGCUAGAAUUGGGUUCAUAUAUACUUUGCUAAUGACGAUGCAAAAAAAGAGUGAAGGAGAGAAAUGUACAAUACAGUAAACUUAGCAAACAAGGCAUUUAUGCACCUCCGCUAUUGGCUUCUCCCAAUAUGGGUAUGCCUCAACUAAAGAAAUGUGCACAUUUGGAGGAACCAAUUGUGGGAAGUCUUGGCAGAUUUCCUGUUCGUCUAGUAUCUCUCCAUUUUAAAACAUAUUCUCCUGUUUUGUGUUCACUGGAUCAAACUCAAAUCUUUCUUCCUGUUCCAGAUUCAUUGUGAGAAUAAUGUCCUCAGUCCUUGGUAUGCACGUGAGACAGAACAGCCCACGUUUAAGAGACAAAAGCACAAAACUGUACAUCUGCAAUCACGUGACCCAGUUUGACCACAACAUUGUCAAUCUUCUGACUUCCUGCAAUACGGUGAGUAUUUUGUUGAUGAAGUGAAGCUAUUCAUUGUGUUGCACUUUGAGCUCCUUGUUGUUCUCAAUGACUUAUAUAUACAGUAGAUGACUGGUAGGGGGCACUGUGUUGAAGCCACCGUGCCUCCAUCUUGGCACUCCACCACCGGUGUAAAAUAUAUUUAGGAAGCUAUAGAAAUGCAUUUAAUGUCUACAUUCGUUUUUGCCACAUUUAUUCUAUUAGACACCUUCAUGCAUACUUUUAAAUUAUAUGAUGUGAGCUAAACAUAAAAAAUAUAUAAAAACAUUUUCCUUCAAGUAUUAUUUUUUAGAGAUUACUAAUGUUACUGUCCCCACUACAACAACAAAUACUUAAAUACAUGUCAUUUUGUCCUUGAAACAUUAAAUUACUGUAGAAUUCCAUUCAUUCCUAUGGAGGACUGCUCCUACUGGGGAGUGCCAAUAUGGCCGAGUGGCUUCAAUGCCGCUCAAUGGCCAAUACAUAGCAUCAGCAAUCCAGGGUUUAUAUACAUCAUUGGUUGUUCUUGCCCAGCUGAACAAAGAUAUAUUUUUCAAAAAAUGCAGCUGCAUUGACUCAACCUUAGGCCAUCCGCCAGUGUUUGUUAUUAAUUUUUACCAUGACUUGUGACCUGUCUGCUCCUCUGCUCAGCCCAUGCUGGAGGACUCUGCGGGAUUCGUGUGUUGGGCCAGAGGCUUCAUGGAGCUGGGUGCCAUAUCGGGCCAAGAUGAGAUAGAGGAGUCCCUCAGGAGAUACUGCUACUCUCCAGGAACUCUGCCCCUGCUCCUCUUCCCCGAGGAGGACACCACCAACGGGCGCGCUGGCCUUCUCAAAUUCAGGUGAGCCACAACACACUGCAUUAUCCCUGUCAUCAAGCUGAUGGAGUUCACUCUGUCUCUCUCUUUGGUUUGAAGUUUUCUUUCUUAAAACCAAAAGCAUCACUGCCCCACAGCACUGGUUAAAGCAUAAUGUGCAGAUCAGUGCUAUCCAUGGGGUUUAUCUUGUGUACAAGACAACAGAUUUUUUUGUAUUAGAUUAUAUCUGCCUUCUUUGUAUAUACAAAUACGUUUUCUAUUUUUCCCUAAUCACCAGUAGAACACAGAACUAUUGCUGUAAGUAAUUUAAAUGGAUCAAGUGAUUUAUUAACGGGUGUUUAGAGGAGAAUCUGUCCUGAGCAGAAUGCCAACACAGCUGUAAGCUGCCUCUGUACUACCCCUGUAUUACUGAUGCUAAGAGCUACUGAGCAAACUAACCUUGUGUUUUCUCUCCCUUAGCUCCUGGCCUUUCUCCAUGACUGAUUCCAUUCAGCCUGUGGCCUUGCAAGUGAAGAGGCCAUUUGUAGCUCUGGUAAUACCGUCAAAACUAAACGGCCUCUUUGUCAUAUUAGUUUAAAAGCAAUACUUGUGGCAUAUUUAACAAUCUACAUUUGGUGAGAGUGUUUGUGUAAAAAGUUUAGCUUUCAAAAGUUGUAGGUUUCCUCCAACAGUCCAUAGAAGACCAGUACUUCUUGUAAAAGUGGUUUGCACACCAAUGAUGGACCUAAUAAGAUUUUGUGUUGUUGAUUUUUCUCUCCAUAUUUACAUAUUUCUGUCAGACACAUGCAGAGGAUUUCCUGAAAUGAAAGUACUAAUGCAGUUUGUUCCUCUUUCACCAGAGCACGCCAGACUCCUUUUGGCUGACAGAACUGUUGUGGACCUUUUUCGUCCCAUGUACAGUGUACCAUGUAAGGUACUAAAUAAUUACUGUAUCUCACUACUUGUCAUUGUCGGGACUCUGGUUGGACCUUGUAAAGGUAUCACAUUGAUCAUUGACAACUUUUAUCCAUGUCCUUAAAGUCCAGUCCAUUACUCAUUGGAAAUUUCCGCUAGAAUGAACAAUGGUUUGUCCUAGAUUUGUGAUGCUCUUGCCAUUUCAGUGUUAACAUUUUGUCAGGAUCAGCAGUAAAUUGUGUGUUGUAGUCAUAUAACUUUUCAAUCAGCUUGAUUAGAGGCCAAAGCAAGCUUUCAUCACGGUGCACAAAGCGAGGUCCAUACAGAAAUAGUUUCUCGAGAUCUGUGUGGAAGAACUUGACUGGCCUGCACAUAGCCCUGACCUCAACCCCAUCGAACACCUUCGGGAUGAAUUGGAACGCCGACUGCGAGCCAGGCAUAAUCGCCCAACAUCAGUACCCAAACCUCACUAAUGCUCUUGUGGCUGAAUGGAAGCAAGUCCCUGCAGCAAUGUUCCAACAUCUAGUGGAAAGCCUUCCCAGAAGAGUGGAGGCUCUUAUAGCAGCAAAGGGGGACCAACUCCAUAUUAAUGCCCAUGAUUUUGGAAUGAGAUGUUCGACGAGCAGGCGCCCACAUACUUUUGGUCAUGUAGUGUAAUUAAACUCAAUAUUCCAUUCUAUUGUUUAGAAAAUACAUGUUAUUAGUCUUAUAAUGUAUCUUAUGACCUGCCUAAACUAAUUAAUUUUUGAUGGUGUAUAUUCACACAACUACAACCACUCGUCACAGGCAUACCGGCAUGCGCACGGGAGGUAUAAAAGGCGUAUGCAGGAAAGAAUGGGGGAAAAAUUGGCCUGUUUUAAGUUAUGUAAACAUUGCCCCAUUUUUUAUUUUUUAAUAGGCAAAAUCCCCCAAAUCCUAUGUGAAAGCAGUAUAAGUUCACUAUUACUGCUCACAAGGUUUGUAGAGACCAUGUUUUGUUUACUUUCACAGAUGGCUCCCACCUGUAUCUAGACAAGAUGAAGAGUCCCUUCAAGAGUUUGCCAACAAAGUCCAAGAGGUAUAAAACCUUUUGUCAUUCUCAUUUUUAGACACUUUUUCUGUACUGCCUUCUAUUCACUACUGCCCACAUUGUAUCAAACAAAGAAAGCAAGUAUGUAUCUUAUCAAAGGGUUUGUUGCAUAUUGCAAGUUAUUAUCACAUUGGGAGCCGAAAAUUCACAAUGAUAUGGAACACUAAAGAGAACAAUUAUUCUAUUGUCCUCUGAUUGGUCUUUGUGUCGUCCAUUUUCAGCUUCUAGCCACUGAGCUCGGCGUGGUCUCUACACAGAUUACCAAAGCAGACAAAGCAGAGCACAUCAAGAGGAAAAGGCACAUUGCACCACGCACCCCAAACUCAAGUAAGUAAGGGAGAGCCCUGGAGAAACCUUACCUGACUAAGCCCCUCCUACAGCAUGGCCUUGGUGCAAGUUAUGCUCACUUGGAGGGUGGUUGGCACCAUUGGUGAUGGUGUGUAUUAGCUGCUGUCUGUCUCUCCAGAUCUGGGUGCCAGACCACGUCCAGUUCCCCUGGGCUUCAUGGUCCGCAGCUCUGGGGUGGAGGAGCUUAGUAUCAGCAGGAUGGCCCAGCAGGUGAAGGAGGUUCUGCCUGACAUCCCCCUCGGCAUCAUCACCAGAGACCUGGGUACACCAACCUUUUAUUUGCAUUUCCAGUGCAGUGACUGGGAAUUUGGAAUGGUGACGAGCAGUGCACUGACUUGAGUCCUAUAUUUGCAUGUGCAUUUCAUUGAAAUGGAGUUUGCAUUAGGAUCAAUGGGAGAAAAAGGCACAGUAGCGUGCAGCUUUCCCCAAAUAUUUCCCCUUACCCUUUUUACAGUGCAAACCAACUGUGUGGACACCACUAUCACUAACCUGCUGGAGAGCACUGAGGAGUUCCCAGUGGAGGCCACAGGCGGAGCCACGUCUGCACCAGGCCCAGCCUGGAGGUCCGUCUCUUCUUCAGCUGCACCCGCUCCCACCAUUAAGGUUUGCCAAUCAUCUAAAUAAUGUCUUAAGUCCACUGGUAGUCUAUAUUACCUUGCUCGCAAAGUAAUUGAGGUACCAUCUUGUUACGCUAUUCUAUUUAUCAGGAGUUUGCUGUAUAGUCUGAUUGUAUCAUUUUGACCCAUAGCCUGCUGCCAAACCUUUUGGGAAAUCACCAGUAGACAGACACAUGUCCCUACAAGAGAGGAAAGAGGCCUUGUAUGAGUUUGCAAGAAGGUGAGAUCAAACUCUGCAAUUCAAUCUUGGAUUGAGUUUAAUUUCACCCACAUUUUACACUGUCAUUGUUGUCCACCUUUCAACUCUGUUAGUUGUUUCCACCCUCCUUUCUCCUCUAGACGCUACAUCGAAAAGCAUGAACUGGAGCAGGACGACAACCUCUGAACAAUAUCUGAUUGCUGGGAAUCGUGUUAGGAAUGACAGUCGUUAAAAUCAAAUAAUUGUACAGACAAUAAGUGUACUGGAGUGUAUGGAGAGCAGAGCAGAGUGGAGAGUUUUUGUUGACCCACACGUACAGGAGGAAGACAUUCUGAAGAUUUCAAUGGAUUUUGUUUGCCAUGCAUGUCUUUUUAAUUGUUUGUCCUGGCAAAAAUAUUAUUUUGAUAACAAUUUCUAAUAAGGACCCAGUGACCGUGAAACGUCUCAUUACUUUUAUAAUGGCAGAGGUGGUGGUAAAAACAAAGUAUCUUGCUCUGCUUUCAGAGAAGACUCAUCAGGUCUUAGGUUCAUUAUGAUUUGACAGUACGUGUUUCUGCAGUAUACAUUUUUAAAGUAAAUAAAAUCAGUCAUUUAUAAAUGCAAUAGG